UGUGAACCUCAAUGCUAAAGGGGAACUCAAGGAAUAUUGGCUGAUGCGAAAAUGAUCUUCAACCCUCGAACACGUAUAUGCUAUAUGUCAUAAACGAUCUGUAGCUCAACGCGUUGAAGUAGCGCGAACAUGGCGGCGUCCGGCAUGCUGUCCACGCUGCUGCGAUCCCUCCAGACGUACACCGAACAUCAAGACACGCCCAGGCUACUCGGGAGUGCUGUUUCCCUUCUCACCAACCUUACCAACCCGCGCAACCUCACCCUUCUCACCGCUCAGCUUCUCACAGCUCCCGCUAUCUGGGAACAACCCGAAGGCGUUCGAACCGGCCUUUCUGUCAUCAGCGUCUUCCAUUCCGCUGCCCGAGCACUCGUCCACUACGACGAGCAAGUCGAAGAAGGCAAUGUUCCAGAACUACUCCCGGGUCAGGUUCAUCCGGGGGGUGGCAUCCGUCGAGAUGAGUGGGCACGCGCGAUAGUCGAAGGCGCAAAUGAGCAUUCACCGAAAUGGCGGCAUCUGCUCGUGCUAAGCGGAUUGAUAUCCGGUUUCCAUGGAAAUCAGCCGUAUGGCAUCUCGAGUGGGCUGGAAAAGAGGUUAAAGAGUUCGUUUGCGCCGGCGACCAAUGGCGCGUUAAGUGAGCUGGCAGCCGAGCCCAUACUGGCGUCGAAUACGGUUGCGAUGGUUGUGAACAUGACUUUCGAGCACCUGAGUGACUAUGACAGGACGCUCUUUAAUUAUGAAUUGCUUCUACCGCAAUUGAUGGGCUCUGCAUUCUUCUCAAACGAAGGCUUUCAGUCAGCCUAUGUCGUAGGAUUGAUCGAUCCGGAUCUGGUAGAGGUACCAGGAGGAAGACUGGUUUGGCCGAAGAGCUCUUCAUCGUACCAACAGCUUCAGAGGUUGCUGUCAAGACCACUAGUUUCCGGUAUGGGCCCGCUAUCGAGACUAAUCGCCCAUUCGGUCGAGCAUUCCAGGGAUCCUGUGCAGGUACAGGGUGCCCUGGACGGCCUGCUCGAUUUCUCGAAAUCACUUCUCACUCAGUGGCGGCUCAAUAAGCUGUCAUCGAUCGACAACGCGGAGCAAAGCCGUUUCGUGGACCAGGAGACCAUCUCGGAGACACUCCCGGCCAUGUGGCAGGUCAUGAAGACCGCCUUAUUCGCGGCCAUCAUCAUACUGCGAGGCAUCAUGGCAAGAGUGCUCGCGGACAGAGCACUCGCCUCGGAUUCCACCGCCCCGCUGCUUGCAUCGCAUGCUCUACACACCCUCCGAAAUCUUUAUUUCGUGACAACGAAACUGGGCACCGACUCGUUCACACAAUACACAUUUGUCUACCUGACAGCCUUGGACAUCCUGUCCCGUUACCCCGGCCAAUCAGAAGUCUUUCUGAAGGAGAUCGCUCCGUUGCAGCUCGGCGCCAUCCCGACCCAUCCGCUCGAUCGCAAUCUUGACCUUUACUUCCUCAACACCUCGGAGCACUUCACCCUUGUCCUCUCCCCCGCCAUGCUGGCCAACCUCCUCAUUCCCGCCAGCAUGCCCUACCUUUCCAAGAGCAGCGAACAGAAUCUUCUCCCCCUGUUCGAAGCCGGCCACUCCGUUAUGCUCUCCGUCUUCUGCUCACCGAGCAGCACCGAACUCGCCUCGAAACACAUCCCUUUCUACAUCGCCACACUCUUCUCCGCCUUUCCGAGCGAUCUCUCCGCCCGGCAAUUCCGGCUCGCUUUCAAGACCCUCAUGCAAGUUGCCGCGCCGCCCUCGAUCCUUGCGGCGCGGCAACCGGAAUUACCGGCCACGUUGCUAGAGCUUCUACACCAUCUUGCGCUCAAUGCGCCGCCGGACAGGAUGGCCGUGCAACAUGCGCCGGGAAGUGAGGGGGAUUCAUCACCCAUCUCCGAGCAGGCGGUCUACGUAUUGACCAUGAUUGAUUCCUUACCAUAUCUCUCCUUAGACAUCCUGGAGGAAUGGCUUGACAUCGCCGCGCGAUUGGUCAAUGUUUUGAAUGCGGACGGGAUGCGGGUCACUUGUCGGGAGCGGUUUUGGGAUGUGUUGAUGAACGGCGAGCUAGAUCCGGAUCGGUCGCAGAUCUCUGUGGUGUGGUGGACGACGAAGGGCGGGGCGGACGUGCUGCUUCAUGGAGCAGCGGCAUAUGGACAGGAGGAGGAGGGGGUGUUCAUGAGCGGUGCUCUACCAGCUGCCGAUAGGGAGGCGAAGUUGUAGUUGGACGAGGUCACAAUGUAGCAUCCUGUGUAUUUACAAAUACCUUUGGUUUAACAGAUCAUUUCAAUAUAUCUGCAUCUGGAGCAGAAGAGAUCGAUGGUCCCCGCCUUUGACAUCCUUAUGCAAUUAUCAACUUCGCCGAAUUCAGAGGAUGGUAUUAUAUGCCUCAAGAAAGGACAUAUAAGGCG